AGUGAUCAGCUGAGCCUGGCAGUGGCGGGGCGGGCGGCGCGGCGGAUAAGCAAUGGUCAGUCUCAUGAUGGAGAACUCAAGUGAAGAUAGCACAAAACCAUCAGCGGCCACUCCUGAUGGGCCUCCGCAGGAUGAGGCUGUGGCCAGGCCUGAUGAGGAGGUAUUCAAGAAGCCUACAUCCCCUAGCAGGACUCAGGUACAAGUUGCACAACCAAGUAGAGGCGAAGAUGAUGCAGUAUUCAAGAAGCCUGCUUUCCCCACCAAGACGAAGAGACAGGCAAUUAAAGUGGAGGAAGAGGAUGACGAUGAUGGCGAAGCUGUAUUCAGGAGGCCCAUCUUCCAGAGCCGGCCUCUCAAGCAGUUUAUAAAGUCUGAGGAGGAGGAAGAUGCAGUGUUCAAGAAGCCUACCUCUGUGAGCAAGACAAAACAGGUCAAUAAGAUGAACGAGGAGGAGGAUGUCGUGUUUAAAAAGCCUGUCUUCAUCAGCAAGGCACAGAGGCAAACCACCAAAGCAGAGGGCCAACAGCAGGAGGAGGGAAGCAGCAGUAGCAGCAGCAGUGACGAGGCAGCUUCCAAGGCCUUCAAGUCUCCUGCCCAGAGCCUAACAGAAAAGUCUGCUGCCAUCCCUUACAAGGAGCCCAAGUGGAGUGGUGUGCCGCAGGGCGAGUAUAGCUUUGAGGUGCUAAAGGGCGGGAUCAUUGUGGAGACGGUGCCCCUCAACCGUCCCUUCAUCGUCAUUGGCCGGCAGUCCCAGUGUGAUGUGGUGCUGGAACAUCCCUCCCUCUCAAGGUUCCACUGUGUCAUCCAGUACCGGGCAGUGGCAGAGGAAGGCGCAACAGCCGGCUUCUAUGCAUAUGACCUCGGCAGCACACACGGCUCCUUCCACAACAAGCACCAGAUGAAGCCACACACGUACUACCGCCUCCAUGUCGGACACAUGCUGAAGCUGGCAGGAAGCACUCGUACCCUCUUACUGCAGGGUCCAGACGAAGACAUGGAGCCUGAGUCAGACCUCACCGUGACUGAACUGAUGAAGGUGGCGGAGGAGCGGAAGAAGAAACUACAGCGGCUGGAGACCGGGGAAGAGGACGAGGACGAAGAGGAGGAGGGUGGGAAGAAGAGGAAAGCAAAGGAAGGCAGCGAAAAGACCAAAGAAGGGGGUGAAGAUGCUGGCGUAAACUGGGGCAUGAGAGAGGAUGCUGAAGAUGAAGAAGAGGAAGAAGGUGAGGAGGAUGAGGAAGGAAAGAAGAAUCCCUUUGCAUCGAGUAGUGAUGAUCUUCACUUGGACGACCCCAAGAAGACGCUGAGAGGCUGGUUUGAGCGGCACGGCUACGACCCUCCAAGCUACACCAUAGAAGACACCGGUCCAGGCUGCUGCCGCUGCUCUGUGGAGUUGCCAGUGGAGACCAAGGCUCCGGUGGUGGUGUCGGUGGACCACCGAGGCAAGAGGAAGGAGGCGGUGGUGCAGUGUGCCAUGGAGGCUUGCAGGACACUGGACCGCAGGAAUCUGCUCAGGCAGGCUAAACAUGAGAGUCACCAGCAAAGGAAGCGUGACUGGGCGGAGAACGACUACUAUGACUCUGAUGAAGAUGACUUCCUGGACCGCACGGGUGAUAUUCAGCGGCGGCGGCUGAAACGGAUGAAGGCGUCAGGGUCAGCAGGGCAGGAGGGGGGGGCAGAGACCUACGACUCACUGAUAAAGAAGUACAGGAAUGCAACAGAGGAGCUUGCCGACCUUGAGAGGAAGCUUGCCGAGGCUGAGGCUAUCAAGGAGGCCAGCAAGGCGCAGCGGGGGGGUGAGGGAGGCGAGGACGACCUUGACUCCUUCAUGCACUCCCUCAAGUCCCAGGUUCCAGACAAGCACAAGAGAGUGACUUGGAAGCUUCGGGCCAUUGAGCUGCGCAAGGAUGAGCUGAAGCUGCGCCGGCUGGUCAACAUUGCACGGCCUCUUGGAGUACCGGAGCUGAAGCCGUACCAGUCCAUGCAUGGCACAGGUGCAGGAGGGAGCAGCAGCCUUACUCGGAAAACUGGACAAGCUGGUCUUGGUGUGAGGCUGAAGGGCCUGUCAGCAUUCACCACCACACCCUCCCAACCCAAGGAACCUGAACCUCGAGUCCACAAGAUCUUCCUGGAGGAAGAACCGAAGAGGAAGAUAAAGCUGAAGAGGUUAGAUGAAGAUGAUGAUGAUGAUGUGAAGCCAGUGGUUAAGGAGUCAAGGCCAUUUAAGAUGAGGGAUGAAGUAAGGGGCAGCCAGGCCAGACAGAGCCCCUCCAGACCAACACACACCAUGCCCUCAGAUCACGCAAUGAAAACUGAACUAGUAACAACUGAAUCACAGACCACAGAUGCCAAGAAAGUGAUGGAAGAAAAGCCAGACAUUCCUGCCCAAGAAGUCUUAAGUAAGGCCAGUGAGAAGCAUUUGCCUGACAAAGAAAAGAAACCUACCCAGGUAAGCAGUGAAGCAGCUGAGGACGAAGAAACAUCAAAGAAAGCUGAAGACCAGAAUCAAGAGAGCAGCACUGCAGGGAGUAGCCAACCAGAGAAAAAGGCCAGAGUGUUGGGCCCCACCCUUCCCCCACACCUGGCACAUCUUAAAACCAGCACUCAGAGUCCUGCUCAGCCAAGGAAGAAAGAGAAGAAAAGGAAGAAGUACGAUGAAGAUGACCCCAACUAUGACUCGUGGGUGCCUCCGUCACAGCAGUCUGGGGAUGGUCGCACGGCCCUCAACGACAAACUGGGCUACUGAUUAGGCGACUUGAAAGCUGUGUUCAUUCAUGCUAGGUGAAGAGGGAGGUGGAGAUGUGGAUGUGGGAGAAGAUGCUUUUGGGGGUGGGCCCGCUGCGCUGGGUCCUCAUCUCCUCCAUGAUAUCGGCCACUCUUUGCCUGAUGUCCAGCCGACCAAGGUCACCGCGCAGCAUCAAGAGGGCUGUCAGGUGGUCACCGUUCAUGUCUGGAUACCUGCAGCAGUUGUGUUAUAAGUAAAAAGAAUGUUAAAAACAAGUCAUGUAUUACUGAAGAUCAUCUAUACUCUAACCCACAGGU